GACUAAAAGCUGAUUGCUCGAUAAAUUGGACAUUUGUCUUCCCUGAUUUCAAAAUUUGGGUUGGAUAGUUUUACUUUCAUAUAUACUGACAAUGGCAGUAAUAUCAAAAUAUGUUGAUCGCAUAGCGGAGAAAUGUGAACAAUCUGGAUUGUCAAUACAAGCAUUUAGUUAUGCCCUAGUGGGCUCAGCAUUAUGUGCAUUAACCAUUAAGUUAACAGCCCCAUACAUGAAAAACACACAAAGUUCCAACAAAUAUAAAAUUAACAAAGGGCCGCACACGCCGUUACCCAUUGAUGGUUUUGAUGAUGAUAUGAAGUUGGCUGAGGCUGAGAAGCUGUUGGUUCAACAGGAAUUAAAAAAAACAAAUUUGCAAAUGGUUGAGCCGGGCUUAAACAAGGAGUUCCUAAAUCAACUCAGUGCGCUUGUCCAGAUAAUGAUUCCGCAAAAGCUAUGCUACGAAACCGGACUGCUAACUAUUCAUACAUUGUGUCUCAUCUCACGCACGUUCCUCAGCAUUUAUGUUGCUGCAUUGGAGGGUGCGAUUGUUAAGUUUAUUGUUCGCAAGGAAAUUAAACAAUUUGCCCUUGUAUUGCUUAAAUGGUUUGGUAUCGCGAUUCCAGCAACAUUCGUCAAUUCCAUGAUACGAUUUCUGGAAAGCAAGCUGGCUUUAGCAUUCCGGACUCGUUUGGUGCGGCAUUCAUAUCGAUUGUAUUUCAAAAAUCAAAAUUACUAUAGGGUGUCAAAUUUGGAUGGACGCAUCGAAAAUGCCGAUCAUAGACUUACCGAAGAUAUUUCUGUUUUUGCCAGCUCUGUAGCUCAUUUAUACAGUAGUUUAACUAAGCCAUGCUUCGAUCUAAUGUUAAUUGGUUUGGCAUUAAUGAGAUCUUCUAGACAAAUGAAGGCAAACAUUUUAUCAGGACCUGCUCUGUCGAUAACAGUUAUUGCACUUACGGCACAUAUAUUACGGAUUGUCUCUCCGAAAUUUGGACAGCUCGUCUCGGAGGAGGCAAAUCGCUACGGUUACCUUAGGCAUAUACAUUCCCGUAUUAUAACAAACGCAGAAGAAAUUGCCUUUUAUGGUGGACACAAGGUGGAGCUUCAGCAGUUGCGACAGGCAUACAAUCGCUUAGUUACCCAAAUGAAUAACAUAUUUACUCAAAAGCUGUGGUUCGUUAUGCUCGAACAAUUCUUUAUGAAAUAUCUCUGGUCUGGCACUGGCAUGGUGAUGGUCUCUCUGCCAAUACUAACUGGUUCUGCAACUCAUUCUUCUUCUUCCUCCACAUCAACGACAUCGCCAAGUGAAGCAAAUGCUUCCCAUAUCAGCGAGCGAACACAAUAUCUAACAACGUCUAGAAAUUUACUUAUUUCGGCAGCGGACGCUAUAGAACGAUUAAUGUCAUCAUAUAAAGAAGUUGUUGCAUUGGCCGGAUACACCUUUCGGGUUGCAGGAAUGUUGGAUGUGUUUAAAGAAACAGCACAAGGCAUUUAUAGCAAAGCAAUAGUUGCUGAGCAUAAUCGGGAUACAAGUGGAAUCAUUGAGUAUAGAGACGGCAAACCGAUAGCCAAGGGUCGUAUUAUCUAUACUGAUAACAAUGUGAUGUCGAUUAAUUUGUGUGCAGUACCGGUUGUGACACCCAAUUGUGAUAUCGUUGUUCCAAGCUUGACAUUGUGUUUUGAGCCUGGUGUUCAUGUAUUGAUAACAGGACCAAAUGGAUGUGGAAAGUCAAGUUUGUUUCGUAUUUUAAGCGGAUUAUGGCCAAUCUAUGCUGGUGAAUUACAUAUUCCGCGCCCAUUUGAAAACAAACCCUGCAUGUUUUACAUUCCCCAACGUCCAUAUAUGUCCAUUGGCAGUUUAUGUGAUCAAAUCAUAUAUCCAGAUACUAGAGAUGAUAUGAAGCGCAAAGGCAUCACUGAGAAUGAAUUAAGAAGCAUUAAAAUGGUCAGCUUAGAGCAUAUUGCGCAACGUGACAACUUUGAAGUUAUACGAGAUUGGAAGGAUAUUCUAUCGGGAGGUGAAAAACAAAGAAUGGCGGUAGCACGACUUUUCUAUCACAAACCCCGGUAUGCACUUCUUGAUGAAUGUACAAGUGCCGUAUCAAUUGACGUUGAGAGCUCUAUAUAUGAAAGCAAAAACAUGGGUAUUACACUGCUGACGAUAACACAUAGACCCACCCUCUGGAAAUUUCACACUCAUAUUCUUGAGUUCGACGGUCAAGGAAGUUGGAAGUUUAGGAAAAUGGAAACAAAUGAAGAACAGAAAGAUCAAUUCAUUUGUUAAGCUUCAUGAAGUAUUAGAAAGAGCAUAUUGUAAAUAAAGUCAUACAUUUAAUGAUGUAUUCACGCCGAUUUUAAAAUAAAUAUCUGCAAGCUUGCUUUGCAAAUUAUUGUUUUUUGUAAUAA